GCAGGAAAGAAAAGCCUCGCCUGACAUUUCGGGUCUGGGCAGGUACCAGACAAAAUACGCUUGUCUUUUUUCUUUGAGCUCUGCAGCAGCGACAUUUUGGCUGAAAAAAGGCUGACGCUGUGUGUCAGCUUCACAAAACCAUGAUAUUCACACUCCGGCGAGGCUGUCAGGCGAGCUUUGACUCCGCUAACGACAGUUAUUUGACAAAAUAACACAAGAACAACACGGAAGCGGCUGUUUUUUCCUUUAGCUGUUCGCCGUUGCUAGACGUACAUACGUAAUGACGUCAGUUACUGGGAUUUGUAGUUUUUUUCUCUUUAACUAUGUUUAAACAAUUACGCACCAGUAUCAAAAUGACUGCAUUUUUAUCUUUUCCCUGUUCGAACAUUAGCUGGAAACGCGAGAAACUCAAACAGUAAAACGCGUAUGUCUGGUUAAGUCAUGUACAUUUACAACCUUAAACCUGGGUUAACUGCAUUUACCAGAAUGCAACGCGUCACAGUGACGUGUGUUGUGUAAGGAAGUCAAUUCGGAAGAAUCAUGUCAAUUUGGACUGACUGGCUUUGCUUUUCUUCUUGUAACGUAUAGUUUUGGUCCCCCCCAAAUCCAGUGAAAUACAGUUUUCACUUACGUUGUUUAUAGACUUUUAUUGUGCCCAGUGGUUUGCACGAUCUGGGGUACAAAGCCAACAGAGUUUGGAUUAAAGACACUGACAACACGAGUUUACCGGUUAGCUUAGCCGUUAGCCAUCUGGGAUAAUUAGCAGGGUGCCGAGCAGGGCUCGCAUUGAAUAUUUAUCAUUCCAUUUAAAUGUCGUUGCUGUAACCAGCGGUAACUGGAUCUGGGACGUUUAGAGAAACCGGCCGUCGCCGAACUCCAUUUAGAAAUAUGUGGAUUUAAGUUUCCUUGUGCGCCGGUUAAUACACUGAAUUCACAGAGCUACAUUAAAAGCUUUGUACACAUUUUAAGCUAGUUGUGAUCAAUGCGUCUUAAAUGCGAUGCAUCAAAAUGCACUUUAUUUUGGGACUAUUUUAGAGGGAACCAACACAGGCUUGAUGCUGCCGCCUGGUGUGACUCCCUGGCAGGUGACUCAGGGAACAAUGACAUAAUGGUUUUGGAGCAGUGACCAAGCAAAACAGGACCCUCUGAACACUGAAAGGACAGAAACACAGUUCAUCUUCUGAAUGCUAACUGUAAUGUUUAAUAAUACUUAAAUAAGAUGUCUCAGUGUCACGUUAAGCACAAAUGAUUAAAAUGAUCGUAGAUGUUUACAAAAUCACCAGUAGAUAUGAUGCAUUACAGUGUAGCUCUGGAAGGUAAGGAGCUUUGCAUUGUAAAUGAGUUGUAAAGUAUGUUCAACUCAAGUAUAUCAGAGUCUAGCUCAACCCCCCAAACAAAAAACAUAAUGUUGAGCUUUGGAGCUCUGAGAUCCCUGUUUUCUAAAUAAGGUUGCAUGAACUUGCUGCACUCCUGUAAAUGAAUCUAUUAAACCAGAGUGACUGUGAGAUUGGACCCAGGGACGCGGCUAGAAGGGACUGGGAGAGCUUUGCAGGGGCUGAUGGGAGCUUUGAGGACCUGUUAGAAACCACGUGGCCCUCGUCUGAUCUCACAGCUCGUCCUUGUUUGGCCUCAGCUGCAUCAGAGCGCCACUUCUCCCCAGGUUCACCAGAGGAAACACCACUGCACAAAAUGCUUUUCCUCCCAGCUGCUGCUCUGUGCUGUCUGUGUUCAGCACUGGUUACCAUGGCAGCAGAACAGCUGAUUCAGGAGCAGUUAUCACAGACUGGGAGAGCUGGUGAAACAGUUGCCAUAAGCUGUAAAAGCACCGACCAGUGUGACAAAAAACAGAUUUACUGGUACCAGAACACAGAAAAACAUCCUCUUAAAGUGAUUCUGCGCAUUGAUCUGGCUGAUGGGGCAGUUAAUUCACGCUACAAUCAUCCCCAGAAACUGGAUUUCAGUGCUUUAAGAAAACCAGGUGGCUGUGAACUGGUCAUCAAAGAUAUUAAACCCCACCAUACAGCCACUUACUACUGUGUUUGUUGGAAAGGUUCCGGAGGAUCCGGUACCGAGUCCAACAGCUAUCUCAUCUUUGGCUCUGGAACAAAGCUCUAUGUAACAGAUAAGCCAACAGUGAAGCCGGAGGUGACCGCUUACAAAGCAGCAAACAGCACCAGCCUCGGGGGAAAGAGCGCUCUGGUGUGUAUGGCCUCAGGAAUGUUUCCUCCUCUGGUCCGAUUCUCCUGGAAAAGAGAGAAGAACGGCCGGCUGGAGGAUCUGCCCCCUGCUGAGGCGGAGCAGCUGGAAAUCAAAGAGCCAGGACGCGUCACUGCCAUCACGGUGCUCGAUCAGGGUGAUAUCUACUCAUACAAAUACCACUGCGAAGUCAACCAUGAGAAAGGCAAAGUGACGGGCCAAAACAAAAUAGAGAUUAGAGGACCUUCUCCUCCCCCACUGCCUCCCCCACACUGGUUUAAAGAGAGGCUGCUGUGUCUGAUGUACACAGUGCUGAUAGCGAAGAGUCUGGCGUACUUCUGUGGACUCUCUCUGCUCGGGAUCAUGAGAAAGAAGGGACGUUCAACCAACAGCACACCUGCUAACUGACUGUCUUUAAACAGCUUUUAUGUCUCAAUCACAUCUGUUAAAAUUAAACUUCCGCUAUAUAUACAUGAUGAAUUUAUGCUACUGACAAACUUGAAAUGUUCACUGUCUACACUUGCAUUCGAGUGACAUAUUCCUUCAAAAUGAAUGUGAUUUAUUGUAGAUAAUUAGAGUUUUGUAUACAGUUGUCCUCAUUAGAAAACUCACUGUCAUCUAUCAAACACAUAAAACAGAAGCUGUUGUUCAUUUGUAAAAAUAAAAAAACUUUGCUUAUGUUCGCAGUUCAACACUUUGUUGUGUUUUAUAGACAGCAACAAACUGUGCCAAGGAAAACACAUUAAUACAUAAUGAUUAUACACAUGAAGUGUUUGGAAAACAACACAAAAUCAUAAUGUCAAAAGAGAACCCCAUGAGUCACCAUCUUUUAAGAAACAUUUUUAAAGCUUUAAAUGUAUAUAAUUUAUCAAAAACACGCGGGAGAACAGUUCUCACAAAAGCAGCUUUUAGUAAUUUUAUGUAAUUCAUAUUUUAAAUACUGUUUUUAUUAAUAAUACUUUUUUGUUACUGUAUUCUUCUUCAUUCUUUUCAGUUUUUAGUUGUUACAGAUUUACUUCUGUGAGUGUCCGUUUGACUUAUUCUUUUAUAGAGUGUCAAAUUUUAAUAAAUACAGUUUUGCAUCAGA